AUGUCUGUAGGCUAUUUCCACUCUCCACUUUCCACUUUCCUAAUCAAUUUCAACUUCCCUCAGACCGUCACCACGGUUUACAUCCUUCUGCGUAUCCUCGAGACAAGGCUAACAAGUCAUGUGACUCACCAGGAGGCUGUCCUGCAGCAAUAUAAUACAUCCAGGGACAAGUCUCAUCGUCUUUGCGUUUCUCGCCUCAUCUGAGACCGAAAUGGAGAGUGAUAUCAAUCCAGAAACCUGCCAAACUGAAUUAAGCAAUCUCCUAUCCGACAACAGGCGCUGCUCACUCAAGUCCUGGAUUAAGGAGAACAUCAAGAAGAAAGAGUGCUGCUUCUACAUGCAGACUGAGAGAGAGGGCCUUUGUAAAUGUGGUUACCCCAAAGAGGACCAUGUGGAGGAGGCCUUCAAGCCAGAGAGUUUUCUGGAAGAAUCGGAACAGAGGUACAUGCGCGAGGUUCCCACCGACGCCUUUGGAGACAUCAGCUUUGGCGGCCUCGGCCAAAACAAGGGCAAGUAUGUCCGUGUCUCCUCAGAUACCCCACCUGAUGUUCUGUAUGACCUGAUUACGAAAUACUGGAAGCUCCGCCCCCCGAACCUGCUCAUCUCGUACUCGGGCGGGGCCAAGAACUUCAAAACGAGGACACACCUGAGGCAGAAGCACCGCAGGAGCCUCAUCAAAGUGGCCCAGAGCACAGGUGCCUGGAUCAUCACUGGGGGCACCCACACUGGGAUGAUGAAGCAGGUGGGGAUGGCCGUGCAUGAGUCCAGCAGCUCUGCAUCACGGGGGGAGAUCGUGGCCAUCGGGGUGGCCUCCUGGGGCACCAUACACAAUAACAAGUCCCUCAUAAACCCUGAGGGCUGUUUCCCUGCCCACUACACAGUAGACCAGCAGGGCCAGGGUCAGCUCUCCUGCCUGGACAGCAACCACUCGCACUUCCUGCUGGUGGAUGAUGGUACGCACGGCCACUACGGCAUGGAGAUCGGCCUGCGUAGACGCCUCGAGAAGCUCAUCUCAGAGAAGCCCCUGGGAAACCAAGAAAAUCACGUGAAGAUACCUGUUUUGCGUGUGGUGUUGGAUGAAGGACCAGGCACUCUGAAUACCAUCCACAGUGCCAUGCUGAAUGGCACUCCGUGUGUGGUUGUGGAGGGCUCGGGCGGGAUGGCAGACGUGAUCGCUAGCAUAGCCAGGAAUCCUGAGUCGCAGGUCACCCCUGCUCUUAUCCAGGAGCACAUGAAGGAGUUCUUUGAGGAGUACGAAAACUUCUCCAAGAUUGAAGUCAACAAGUGGACCGAGAAGAUCCAGGACAUCAUCAGUAAGCCACAUCUCCUGACCGUGUUCUGCAUGGACGAGGACAGCAACAGCGAUGUGGACGUGGCCAUCCUCCAGGCCUUCCUGAAAGCGUCUAGAAGUGAGGAGAAUGCAGGGCAGAGGGCCUGGGAGACGCAGCUGGAGCUGGCCGUGGCCUGGAACCGAGUGGACAUUGCUGAGAACGAGAUCUUCACGGAGGACAACAAUUGGCAGUCCGUCGACCUGCACAAGGCAUUUUUCUCGGCCCUGGUGGGCAACAAGCCAGAGUUUGUGCGGCUGUUGCUGGAGAACGGUGUGAGCAUCCCCGAGUUUCUGUCCGGAGAGGAGAUAUUGUGCGAGCUCUACAACAACAUGCCUAGCUGCCUCUUCAAGGACACGCUGGACAAGUGGCUGAAGGGCGACAAUGGCUCGUUGACCAGCACGUGCCAGCAGAGACCGAUGUCGCUAGACGCUGUGGCCGAGGUGGUGCAGCAGCUGCUGGGCAGUGUCACCCAGCCCAUCUACUCGCUGCCCUCGCAUGAGUUCAUCAAGAUGGACAACGAGGACAUGGACAACACUGUGAUUGUAAAGAGAGACCCUGGGAGAGACCUCUUCCUGUGGGCCGUUCUACAGAAUAACAGAGAGCUGGCCCAGAUUGCCUGGGAACAGUGUAGAGACAGCAUAGCUGCUGCUUUGGCAGCCAGCAAAAUUCUGAAAAAUCUGACACAGGAGUCCGAGAAUGAUGAUGAUGAUGCCAAGAAAAUCAGAGAACUUGCCAGCCAUUAUGAGAGACAGGCCUUUGAUGUGUUCAAUGAGUGCCAUAGCAAGAAUGAAAAGCGAGCCCAGAGACUUCUGAACCGAAUUUCACCAUCUUGGGGCAACACCACAUGUCUACGCUUGGCACUGGAGGCAGACGACAAGCGCUUCGUGGCACACUCAGGGGUUCAGGCUCAUCUCACCCAGAUCUGGUAUGGAGAGCUGUCUGUGGACACCCGUCAGUGGAGGAUACUCAUCUGCAUGCUCUUCUUCCCACUCAUCUGCACAGACUUCAUAGCCUAUAGAUGUGACGAGGCCAUGAAGAAUGAGGAGACGGGAAGUUCGGCCAAUAAUAGUGCCCUAGACAAGCUGAGGAAAUUCUACACAGCCCCACAGGUGAAGUUCUUCUGGGACAUCGUCUCCUACUUGGCGUUCCUGGUGCUCUUCUCUUUCGUGGUGAUGGUCGACUUCCAGCCCACGCCGUCAUGGAGGGAAUGGCUGCUCUACGUCUGGUUGAUCUCUUUAGUGUUUGAGGAGGUCAGACAGCUUUUUGAUGAUCUCGAUGGAUUUGGGUUCCGAAGGAGAGCCAGGAUGUAUAUCAAUGACUUGUGGAACAUUCUAGACCUGUCUUCCAUCCUGCUCUUCAUCGUUGGUCUUGCCUGCAGGUGGACCAGCAGAGCAUUUUACACUGGAAAGAUCAUCCUCUGCAUCGACUUUAUAAUCUUCUGUCUGCGACUCAUGGCCAUCUUCACCAUCAGCAAAACACUGGGCCCAAAAAUCAUCAUUGUCAAAAGGAUGAUGAUGGAUCUGUUCUUCUUCAUGUUCCUGCUCAGUAUCUGGGUGGUGGCCUACGGGGUGGCUAAACAGGGCAUUAUGAUCCACAAUGAGAACAGACUGGACUGGAUCUUGAGAGGAGCUGUGUAUGAGCCCUACCUCAUCAUAUUCGGCAGUGUCCCAACCAACAUCGACAAUGUUGCAUUUGACUUGAACACCUGCUCUGUGAAUGGCACUAACCCUAUGCGACCAAAAUGCCCUGAGCUCAACGAUAACCAAAUGCCAGCCUUUCCCGAGGGGCUAACUAUCAUCAUGCUGUGUGUGUACCUACUCUUUGCCAACAUUCUGCUCCUCAACCUCCUCAUUGCCGUCUUCGACUACACAUUUCAGCAGGUGCAGGGCAACAACGACACAAUCUGGAAGUUCCAGAGGUACGAGCUGAUAAAGGAGUACUACAGUCGCCCCCCUGCACCCCCUCCGUUCAUCCUCCUCAGCCACCUGUUCCUGCUGUUCAGGCGCUGUAAAUCCACCCAGAAGCACAAAGAGUUCAAGGUUCAGUUGUCUGAAACUGACGAGGAGAAGUUGAUGUUAUGGGAGUCUAUCAUGAAGGAUAAUUACGUGGCCACCCAGCGCCAGGAGAGGAGUGAGACCACCGAGCGUCGCAUCCAGGACACGGCUGACCGAGUUGCCUCCAUGUCAGAGCUGCUGGAGAGAGAGUACGACCGGGGCACGAUAGCAAAGCGGCUGGCUCAGCUGGAGGAACAGGGAAAAAACCUUGCAUUGCAAGUCUCCCAGUCUGCUAAAGCACUACAGUGGAUCAUGGACACCCUAAAAGCUCAAGGUUACCAAUCUAAAGAGGAGCCUCCUUCCAUGUGUGAGUGAGGUGGCUUUAGACUGCCUCUCUCCUAAAUCAACUACAUGAUUAACUGGAGUCAGUAAGUAAAGGUCAUUGAGAGAGCGUCUCACACUCACAAAAUAAUUUGCUUUGAAUUGCUUUACCUGAGAUUGGGAGAGAGACUUUGGACAAUGACACAUGCACAUUCCCGUAUUUAAAGGGAUGAUUGGAAGUCAUUUUAUGCUAGGGUCCUUUGAGAAGCUUUAUUUCCCUUGGUCGAACAUAGGUUGAGUUAGCACUAACAGCCCAAUGGCUUAGUGCAGGUGCUAAUGGAACCAACUAUGUACAGUAUGUAUUACACCAUUAAUAAUGCCCGGAGUGGUACCAAACUUCUACAGUAGUUCUCAUGAAAUGAGGCAUUGGAAAGUUUGUAAGUACACCAGGCGUUUAUUUAAAUUACUCUUGCCUGAUGGCCUCUACUCUAUGCUACUAUCGCUACCGCUGACUCAACGUCACUCACACGUCAUGUCAUGUGCCUCUGUGUAUGUGUGAGUGGCGUCGAUGCAGCUGUAGCGGUAGCUGCAGAGAGUCGACGUUGGCUCGAGGUCAUGGUGCAAGGUACCCUAGCAUGAAAUCACUCCGAACCAUCCCUUUAAACAGACAUACUGUAUGUCUUAUGCUCAUUGCGUUGUUAUUUGAAUGUGCCAUGAACACAAUUACAUUGAUUUGUUUGUAAGGCUGCUGCUCCGCAAAUUCAUUCAAAACUCAUUUGUCACUACUGUUAACUUCAUGCUAUAAUUGUCAUCAACAACAACCUAAACCUAUUGUGAGCCAAUAAAACAGUUUACUGAA